AUGGGCCCAUAUUGGCAGCGUUUUGGUGAAAACCUUCAUUCCGAACAGCGGUCGAAAGAAACGAAUGCGCCGCGGAAGCUCAGCAAAUGUCAUGAACUGGAUUUGAAAACCAAACCGCUAGCGAUGGAGCUGGCGUGGAAGGACAGGCCUCGUAGGACUGAAAGCAGAUAUUCAAGCAACUGUCCAUCGAAUGAACAGAAGCAGUUGGUGCCAUGCAAGUGCUUGAUACUCAUGUAA